CCAGGAUUCACUUUCCACAAUAGACAUGGCUCCUUGCUGAGGGGCAGAGACAAAAGGUGAUUCCACAGCUUGCUUUUCCAACUGGAUGAAUUUCCGGACAUCUGUUCUUAAUGUCUACUGAAUGUUUUUGGAGGAGGUCAACAGUUUUGUUCAAUGUGACAGACAAGAAAAUUGCAUUCACUGCUGGUGCGACAUGUACGCAGUCCUGUCCCUUAAAUCCCAGGAAGGAACGCGGUGUUUCUUUUCCUCUCUGUUAAGACCAAAAGUUUUUUUUUUGAUUCAUUAAAUGCAAGGUGAAGUGGUCCCCUGCCGUGUUCCCGUACGGUAUUAGUCAUCAAUCAGUGCGACGACAAUAUGCUAACAGCGAAGAGAAGUUGUGCUGUCACCUGUCGUGGAAGUGUUAGAAUGCUUUCGGGUUACAAGACCAUUAGAGAGAGCCUCCGAGACUGCUACCGCCUGCUGAAUGUACAGGAGAACUGUAGCCACCAUGAAGUGAAGGAAGCUUACCUCAAACUGGUAAAGUUGCACCAUCCAGACAGUGGUUCUGGGGCAGAUCCUCGAAAAUUCAUCCAGGUGAAAGAAGCUUACAAGGCCGUGGUCAGACAUAUAGCUGAGAAAAGAAAGACACAGUCUGAUGAAAGAUCAGAUGACGAGGAAGAGCAAUCCAAAUACAUAGCACCUCAGCAUAGACAGUACCUUAGCUUCGAAGGCAUUGGCAUCGGGACACCAAGUCAACGAGAGAAACAGUACAGAAAAUUCCGGAUGAACCGUGCAACAGAGCAGGUGCUGGACUACAGAAAGCAGAAGCUGCAAGACCAGGAUCUUGAGAACACUAUGAUGGUGAAAGAUGUCCGGCAGAGCCAGAAGAUAAAGAUAACCCAAGCGGUGGAACGGUUGGUGGAAGAUCUCAUCCAAGAAUCAAUGGCCAAAGGUGAAUUUGACAAUCUAAGUGGUAAAGGCAAGCCACUGCAAAAAUUUUCACAGUAUCCGUACAUUGAUCCCAUGACUCAUAACCUGAACAGGAUACUCAUAGAAAAUGGAUAUCAACCAGAAUGGAUUGUUCAGCAGAAAGAAAUAAAUCAAACCAUAAGCAAGCUCAGAAGUGAUAUGGUGGGGUAUCGAAGAAAGCUUGGUGAGUCUCUCACCCUCUACAACCAGAAACAGUGGAAUCUGAAAUGUGAGCAAUUCAGAGACGAUAUUAAGCAACUUAAUAAAAUGGUAGAUCGUUUCAAUUUAAUUGUCCCGCUACUAAACAGGCAGAUGCUGCACUUUAAUCCAGAGAAGGAGCUUGCUAUCAUACUGAAGGAAUACAGCGUGGUAUUGGAAGCGAGCAAGGCCACUUCAGAGGUUAUGGAAAAAUCAGCUGAGAGAAAUGGUACACGAGGACAUGGGAAAAACAGCCUGUUUUCUUGGAUCAAACUUUUUCUGAAAUAAAGACUGAAGAAGUGAGCAGUUAGUACCUUUAGUGAUCAGAAUGUCAAAAGAUUUAUAUUUAGAGGUUAAUUUGCCUCUUUAAUUAUAACUACAAUGUGUAUGAGAAAACAUAUCAGUUACAAUGGGAAGAGAUCAUUUAGCCUCCGAAGCUUGCUGCUUCAUUCCGUACUUAGUUCUGGCAUUAGAUCAUGACUCACUUGUAGUUCAGUCCCAUUACUUAUGUUAGCUCUCUAACAUUUGAUACCUUUACCUAAUAAAAGACUGAUAACAAUCUGAUUUUUGAAAACUCUAGUUGCACCCUGAGAUGUUUAUAUGGGAAUAAAGUUCAUGUUUUAACAAUCAUUUGUGUGUGAUGAAGUGCUUCAGAAAAUUCCCUCCUAAAAUCUGCCUCAAAGCAUGUGGAUAUUUUCAUCAGCCUUUUCAGGGAUGUUAUUAUACACUUUUGGAACAGGUAGGAGUUGAACUCUCAGGCUUCUUGGUUCAAAGAUAGAGACAUUGUACCAUGCAAACUCAUUCUUGAUACACUCAUUUGUAUAAAUAGUUUCUCGGUGACUAUUAUUUUGGUCAAGUAGGUUCUUGUCUGUUCAUGACAGUGACUUUCACAGUACUGUUUAACUUGCUUGUAACGCUUCUGUGCCCUUAAAUGCUGUUACUGAACAAAACCAGUUAUAAUGGGUUGUUAGUAAUUAUUGUUGAACUUUUUUAUUGGCUGAUGGGUUGGUGUGAAAUGUCAAUGUGCCACUAAGUGGAACCUAUUUCAGUCUGAUUUUUUAAGUAGUUUUAAAAAGCCUUCUAUGGGUGACAUAAAAUGCAAUGUGGAUUCACAAAAUGGAACUGUAGGAAUGUCUCUUUUAAAAAAGCACAUAUCAUUACACAAAUAGCUUGUUAUAUAAAAUUUCAGGUCCAAAUUUCAUUCCUGGAAAUACAUUUGUUCAGUACG